AGGCUACAAUGUCUAUAACUCCUCCAUCCCACUACCUUUGGCCAAAGUAGGUCACUGUUCCUUUAUUUCCUUCAAAGUGCAAGAGGCAAGAGUGACUGGACUGUCCUGGAGGAGGGUGCAUUUUUAAUGAGACAAUCAGAAUUAUGGCUCCAUAUGAAGUAGAGCGGCUAUUUCAAGUUAAUUAAUUGAAUUUCCGUGAAAACUGUCAAGAUUAAAGUGAGUAGGGCAUAGUGGACAGCAAAAAUGGCCGAAACAUCAAAAGAAAACGUCAUUAAUAGAACAGUUUUCUCUAGUUCCACAAUGGUCGAAUGAUUCACAAAGACGACGUCUGAAUGGUACCUAUGGUAACAAGAAGUUCAGAGCGUUUCUUGCACUUUCUCAUCUGGAAGGGCAAUAAAGCUAGACUAAAAGGACUGCAAAUGAUUCCGUGAACAAAAUUCAUGAAAAGUCCAACAUGUGUCCUGUGUUGGUCUCCCUGGAGCCUGUGCCAACCUCUGCACGUCUAAUCGUAGCUCCCCCCACUCCAACUGCACGCCCUCAUGAGGCUGGUGUCCAGGUAAAGUCAGGGCCAUGUCCAAAGGCCAGCGCCAGUCAGAGGCCCACAGGCCAGGAGAGAGGAGAGGGGACCAGCGUCUGCGUCCAGACCCAGGCCCUGCCAAGCAACUCCUCCAUCUCCGCUGAGCAGUUCAAACACCUGCUCCAGUCUCUGCUGCCCUCUCUCUCCCCACCCCAGUACAAUGCUCUUAUGGCUAAGGUUAUGAGGAGGGAAGGUCGUGUGAGUAUGAACUACCAGGACUUCAAUAGGGGCCGUUUCAGUGACUGUCCACCGCACAGCCAGAGAGUGGGAGCAAGGUCCAGGAGUAGCAGUGUAGCAGAGCAAUCCACCCGCACUCUACAUGAGCUCCAGCAGGGCCUCAAACAUCAGAUCGGAGCCAACCUGAAGGGAGUCAUGCGAGCCCUCAGACUCUACGACUACAACCGUGACGGGCAGAUCCAACGGCACGAACUCCGCCGCCUCCUGGACAACCACUUACCCAUGAGCGACGCAGAGUUCAAGAGACUUUGGUCCUACUACUACCCUAACAACUUUUCCAUGAUGCCCUACAAAGAGUUCCUGAUGAAGCUGGGUAUUAACUGUGAGAUGUACACCAAAUUUGUCCCACAGCCCAGAAGCUUAGUGGUGGAUUCACAGGCUUCAGAAGAGGACACCAAAAGGCGUGAGAAAGAAACACCAUAUCCUGUGACCCCAGAGCAGACCCAGGAAGUGUUUCUGAAUAAGAUGCGGCAGAGCUACAGUGAAGUGUGGCGCGUGCUUCUGGCCUUUGAUGUCACCUGCUCCGGAGUCCUGCCACUGGAAGACCUGCACUCCAUCAUCAACAACUUCCUGUUUCCCAUGAGUCUGUGCACUUUUCACAGCCUCCUGCGACGACUUGGUGUGCGGUCCUCUAAAACUGUGCAUUGGAAAAACUUUAUGACGACGGUCAGAGAUACUGCCCAACGGGAAGCCAAGCCGAAACAGGACAAAGACAGCACUGAUCAGAGACCCUCUGCACCUAGUAGGACCACCAGUCAGAGAGAGAUGAGAGAAUGUUCUUCAGACCAGGCAUGUAACAGUACAGUACCACAGAGCCAUGUACCAUCAGGCUUAGUGCGUGUGUGUGUGUGUGAUUGGUAUGUAUGCUUUCAGGUUGAGCAAAAGGAUGAAAGAAAAGCUGUGAGAACUGCAUGGACUGAAAAGUCAACCUUGGAAGCUGCCACAUGGACUACAGUAGAGGGGCUGCUGAGGGACAAACUGAGCAAGUCUUCUGCGGCUGUGAACUUGGCUCUGGGCCAGCUGGACCGGCGAGGCAGAGGGACUGUCCGUCAGGAGGAGCUCAGAAAGGUCAUCCGGCAGCAUGGCCUACCUCUGUCGGACCAACACUUCAACGGGCUAUGUGAACUUUGCACCGAGUCUGGCAGGGUUCGAUACAAGCACUUUCUACAACGCUUAGGGGUGCCUGCCAGUGACAGAGGGACAAACAGCAAUCUGAAGACUCAGUGCGCAAAAGACAGGAGGGAGUCCUCCUCGGGUCCCCAUGCAAAGGAAGCUGAUGAUCUCUUGUGGAGGCUCAAAGAGAGGCUCAACCUCAUCUCCCUCACCCUUAGCGACUGCCUCCCCCCGGCAGCGACCAAACCCAGCGGAACCCUGACUGUGUCGGAAUUCAAGAAGAUAUUGCAGGACUACAGGUUAUCAGUGGAUGAAAGGCAGUUGCAGACCCUGGGCUUUAUGGAUGGGAAAAUCUUCUGUUCAGAGCUCCUGAGUAAAUACUCUGGGAGUUUGGCCUCGCAUCAGAGGAGAGCCGCCCCAAUGCUGAAUAAACCAGAGGCCAAGGCUCCAGCCAGACUCCUCACUGCUGAGGAUUGCCUCUCUCUGAUGUCGGACAGAAUCACAGAGGUCCAUGGGAGCCUUCUCUCGGCUUUCCGCCUCAUGGACAAAGACCGGGACAGUUUUGUAUACCCAUGUGACUACCAGCAGCUCCACAAGACCCUGGGUUUCAUCACUACGGACCCUCAAUACAAUCGCCUGCUGCGACUGCUGGGGUUCAGCCCUGGCAAAAGACUUAGCUAUCCUGAGUUCCAGAGCAUUGUCCAAUCAAAGGGCAAGAAACUAGCUCUGCAGCCAGCCAAUGGACUCGAACAGCUUCAUCAGACUCUGGUUACCAAUGCAAUCUACAGAUGGCCUGAGAUGUCCAGGAAGCUGAGUCACUAUGGAGAUGAUGGAGUCCAAAUUGUUUUAAAGAACGAUUUCAAAAACCUGGUUUUCUCAUUUGGCCUCCCAGUCACACCAAAGGAACUUCAAGCGCUGUGGUUGAGAUAUGAUCCUACUGGCAAAGGCUACAUCAUCCUCUCCGAGUUUCAGGAGAAGUUGAAGUUAGACCCUACAAAUGAAAUCAGUAGACCAGUGCAUGUCAUUUCUUUCAACUCAGCCAAUCCCAGACCUGGUCAGUCAGGGGUAUCGCUGAAGGACAUUGGGGACCUGAUCAGGCGCCAUUACCAUGAGAUAAGCUCGGCUCUGUCCCGCCAGGAGAUGGGGAGGGAUGGGAGAGUGCGACUGGAGGACCUGCUCCGUGUGCUUCAGCAACAUGGCUGCAGUGUGGAGAGAGAGCAGCUCACCCAGCUCCUACACAGUCUGAAGGUGAAAGUGGUGGCUGGGGGUCUGCACUGGCUGAACUUCCUGAGGGCGUUUGAGCUGGGCCCAGCACAGCAGCUGAAGGCAGGCUGCUCCACCCCCUCACCCUCUCCCACUGAGAACCUGGAGGCGCUGAGCCCAGAGAGAGCCAUCCAGAGAAUCAGCGAGCUGGUCACCACCUCAGUACACACACUCCACAAGGUGUUCUCAUCAUUUGAUCGCGAUGGUCGUGGCACGCUUUCCUCGUUGGAGUUCCGUCGGGUUCUGGAAUUCUUCUGUGCCAGGCUGUCGAACUGCCAGUACCGGUGCCUGCUCAGCCGACUGGUGCUGGACUGGGAGAACAACGCUGUGUGCUGGAGAAAUUUCCUGCACCAGUUCAAUCUCAACAGCAAGGCACCAGAGAGAAAUUUGAUCAUAGAGACGAAAGCUUACACCCCUUUCCAGUUCCAAUCUCUGCCGGACAGCGAGAUUUUGGAAUAUGUGCAUGGGGUUGUCUCUGAGCGUCUCUUCUCCAUCACCAUGGAGAUGGUGGACAUGGACCCCACUAACUGUGGUACCAUCAGUAAAGACGAUUUCAGGGACAUCUCUGACCACAACCUCCACUUCCUCUCACCUGAGCAGUUUGAGUGGCUGUGGGAGCAGCUGCCUCUGACGGAGCGCGGUGAUCUGGACUACCGAACUUUUCUGAAGUGCUUCAGUGCGGCGGAGCCCUGUCUCUCACCAUCCCCAGCACCACCAUCAGUGCCUGAUAUCGCCACGAGUCCUGUGGAUGUCCAGGCACCACUCCUCCCACCACGACCCAAGACUGCGCUCUGUGGCUCUCACAUCUCCAAGUUUGAGCGGGGCCAGAGGCGCCGGCCUCGCUCCUGCCCCCUGCUGGACUGCGGGGCCACGGAGCGACGCAUCCAGGGCCGCGUGCGCUGCUGCUGGAAGGAGAUCCAUUGGCGGUGCAGGCUGGAGGACCAGCAGCGGUGUGGCCAGAUCAGCCAGCGCAGCUUCAUGGAAAUCCUUAAGGACCUGCACAUCGACCUAGCAGACCAAGAGUUUAAGCAGCUGGCCUUGAAGUAUGACAUGCAGGAGAGCGGGCAGGUGUCCUACCCAGACUUCCUGCGCCACUUUGUGCUUUUCCUGCGUCCUCAGCCCAAACAGGCCUUUGAGCAGCCAAAACUCCCCACAAUCAACAUGCAGACAUUGGACAUAAUGAGUGAUCAGUCUGCUGAGGCCCUUCUGAGGAUGAAUGAAUCCGUCCAACAGUGCUGGAGGUCCAUGAGACAGAGCUUUGCAGUGCAGGACCACGACCGCAAUGGGACUAUAUCCUUACCAGUCUUCAGGAAGGUGCUGCGGCAGCACAGAGUAAAUCUCUCGGAGAAUGAGUUCCUCCAUCUCGCGGCCUGCUUUGAGAAAGAUGCUGGUGGGAGGAUAUCCUACAACGAUUUUCUCCGCACCUUCCUGGGAUGAGCGCCAAUCUUGUCUCCAGGUGCUGGCGAAGCCGAUAUACGGCAUGUUUACACGCACACACACACACACACACACACACACACAUGCACACACACACACUGCUUUCUGAUAGAUGAGACCCCACACUGUGAUAUCCAGUCCUGCUAAUGCUAUUUAUCCACUUUUAGCCAGGGGCAGAAUCAAAACCCCACUAAAACAAAGAAAGACAGGCAUUUUCAUUAUCAGCAGUCCUAUUCCAUAUUUUACAGAUUAAGUAAAACACUAUGACAGGCAAUCUGAAUGACUACGACCUGUUUCCUUGCUUUAAAAAAACUAAACAAAACACUUCUUUUGAGCGCGAAUUUGCUACAGUGCAUUAGCGGAUGAUGCAUCGGCCUCCAUCCCCUUAAAACUCUUAAGCGCACGCGGCGCUGUUGGGUGUUAAACAGCCCUAAAAUGCCAUAAACUCAGCCUUUGUUGAGUUGAGUCAGAGGCAGUGAAAGAGGGAUGACAGCAAGACAGAGGGACGUUUGUCAUUUGCGAGAGCGCUCCAGUUUUUACGAGGGAGAGACAAAAAAGGGAGACUGACAGCAGAGGACAUUUACAGCAAAAUGGAAUGAAGAGGAAGGAGAGGUGAGGUGAGAGGGGGCGAGGCGAAGAGGAGACGAAGAAGGGGAAAAAGGGAUAAGUGAGGAAAAAUAAAGAUAGGUAAGGAGAGGAAGAAAGAGGAGAGCGGAGAAGGAAAGGGGGAUGAAAACGGAGAAGGGAAGAAAGGGAAAGAGGACGGGAAGAACGAGCAGAGGAGAGACUUUGUUUUAAUGGAACAGUAAGAGCCAGCCUAGAAAGAAAUUAUACUCCAUCCCCCAGGAUUACUUGUGUAAUUAUUUGAACGAAGGAUUUCAUUAGAAUGUGUAGAGGUGUGGAAAAGUGAGAGAGCAGGGAGAGAGACUGUGUCGGGUUCUCGCGGCCGCAAAUUAAGUUUUUGUCCGCGUUUGGAUAAUUGAUAUGAAAUUCAGAUCCCUUUGAUAAGAACAAAGGAGCGAGUAUGAGAUAAAGUUUCCCCACCGCACCUCUCGCAUAGUGUGUGUGUGUGUGUGUGUGUGUGUGUGCGUGUAAGCAUGUGUGUGUGUGUGCACCUCUCGCAUAGGGGGAAGAAACAGAAUCUGGGGAGAAAUAGCCAACUUUGAGAGGAAAAAAAGAAAAUGUUCAUGUGUGUGCACAUAUGUGUGUGUGUGUGUGUGUGUGUGUGUGUGUGUGUGUGUGUGUGAAUGAGAGAUAGGAAAAAGGAGACAGAAUCGAGGAGUACGGAUAAGGUUUAAUUUAAUUUGUGUAAAUGAUAUCUCUGAGAACUGAAUGCGUGGAGUUUUAAGAAAGUUACAGCUCCUGUUUGGCCUCGGCUCCCACCGAGGCCGACCACAGCAACUUGUUUUGUCUUCAUCGCAUAUACAGAGCUUUUAGAAAAUAUCUCACAUCAUUCAUCGGAAAUGAAUGAAAACAUUUCAGUAGUCAAUCUCCGACGUCGAUGGCACGCAAACACAAAAGAUUGUCACACAAAUAGCAAAAAAAAGGAAAAUAAAAA